AUGGACUUGUCAGUGUUCACACAGCAAAGUCCCGCCCACAAUGACUUCCGCAGUGAUACAUUCACCACUCCUACUGCAUCCAUGAUUAAUUCAUUAGCCACAACCACCCUUGGAGAUGCCGUUUAUAAUGAAGAUUCCAAAACGAUUGAGUUGGAAAAGAAAGUAGCCGAAAUGACUGGUAAAGAAGCGGGGUUGUAUUGCGUGAGUGGUACCUUGUCCAAUCAAUUGGCCAUGAGGGUGAACUUAAUGCAGCCUCCUUAUAGUGUGAUGUGUGAUUAUCGUGGGCAUGUUUACGUGCACGAAGCUGGAGGCAUGUCCACGUUAACGCAAGCCAUGGCACAACCAAUCAAACCCAAGAAUGGCAUCCACUUGACUUUGGAGGAUGAUAUCUUGCCCAAUUUUAUUCCUGAUGAUGGAGAGAUACAUGGUGCACCGACAAAAUUGAUUUGUCUUGAGAAUACAUUGCAUGGGAUGAUUUUUCCCUUGGAUGAGAUUAAAAAGAUUUCCCAGUUCUGUAAGGAAAACAAUGUCAAGUUACAUUUGGAUGGGGCCAGAUUGUGGAAUGCGAGUGUGGCUACUGGGAUCUCAUUGAAGGAGUACAGCCAUUAUUUCGAUAGCGUUUCUCUAUGUUUGUCAAAAACAUUGGGUGCACCUAUUGGAACAGUGUUGGUUGGCGACAAGAAGUUCAUAUUGAAAGCCAAUCAUUUCAAGAAACAAAAUGGAGGUGGUAUCAGACAAAGUGGAUUAUUAGCUAGUAUGGCCAUUGUUGCCAUCGAUGAAAAUUUUACCAAGUUGCAAAAAACCCACGAUAUGGCAAAGGAAUUGGGAGACUUGUGCAAACAAAAGGGCAUCCUUUUGGAACAUCCGGUGGAUACGAAUUUUGUGUUCGUUGAUAUUGCUGCAAACAAGAUGAAUCCUGAUAAAUUGAUUGAGAUAAGUGACAAGUACGGAGUCAAGAUUUAUUCGGGACGAGUUUCUUUCCAUUAUCAGAUUUCUCAAGAGUCGUUCGAAAAGGCAAAGAAAGUGAUUGUAGAGGCAUUUGAGUUUGCGAAAGAGCAUCCAUAUGAAGAAUCCCACAAUUUCAAGUUUUAUACUGCUGAGAAUAAAUAG